AGCGCCUUUAGAUUGCGCACAAUUUGAUACAAAGCACCACUUGGUUCCCGAACUUUAGUUAUCCGAAACUUCCUGUUUCCCGAUUGGUGUUGGGGCGUCACGCUACACGAACUAAGUUCGGGUAGGAAGUAGUCCGCCAAGCUUUAUGCUGGCCGGGGUUGGGGUUACCCUACACGAACCAAGUUCGGGUGAAGAAGCGGUCAGCCAAGCGUUGUGCCGGCCCGUGGUGGUGGGUGGGUGGAUGGGUGGGUGAUGGUUUAGUUUGCUCACUGAUCGUGUCGGGCGCCGCCUGCUACCCUGUGACGUCACAGACUCACGGCCUAUUGUUCCCAUUGUUUGAAUUUGUCACGAGACUGGAGUGUUCAUUCCGUGACUUUGUUUUACAUAUCAGCCCAAUCAAGGAACAUCCGUGCACCAUGUCGACUCCAAAUGCACGCAUUGUGUCAGUGAAAGCAUCUACAAGCGGGUUACGUAAAAGAAAGAGGUCAGUGAUGACAUUUGAGAAGAAAGUUGAAAUAAUUAAGAAAGUGGAGAGCGGUGUCCCGAGAAGCGUCGUGUGUGCUGAAUAUGGCAUUAGUAAAAGUACUGUUUUUGAUCUUCUUAAGGCUAAACCUAUCAUUUUUUACUAUUUCUCUAGAAGUGAAAGUGAUAAAGCAAUACGAAAUAGAAAGGUAGUAAGUAAAGCAAAGGUGGAGAGUGUUGAUAACGCAGUGAGAAGUUUUAAAACCCGUCAUGGCAUUAGGUUCAUUAAAGUGCAUGGU